AUGGCCGGGGCCGGGGGUCCUCUGCGCCUCCGCGACUGGCUGGUGGCACAGAUCGAGAGCGGGCGCUACGCGGGGUUGCGCUGGGAGGACGCGGGCAAGACCCUCUUCCGCAUCCCCUGGAAGCACGCGGCCAAGCAGGGCUACCAGGCGCAGCAGGACGCAGCGCUCUUCAGGGCCUGGGCCAUAUACAAGGGCAAACACCUAGAGGGCGUUGACAAGGAAGACCCCCCCACGUGGAAGACAAGGCUCCGCUGCGCCCUCAACAAGAGUGCAGACUUCUGUGAGGUGCGCGAGUGCAGCCAGCUGGACAUCUCCAACCCCUACAAGGUCUACCGGAUCGUGUCUGAUGGUGCCCAUGUUCCAGGUAGCAUCCUGCCCCUGGAGGUAGUGAGGAUGGCUGUGCAGACAGAUGAUUCCAGAUUAGCCACAAAGGAUAAGGACAAGGAGCAGCUUCCUGGGCUGGCCCAGCGGGACUCCCUACCGCCAGCUGCCCUGCUCCCAGGCCCUUUGGCUGACCACAGGUACCAGGCACAAGAUCCCACCCCCCACUGGAGCUCUUCACCUUCUGAGGACUUCAGUAACUCGGAUUGCUGGCUGCACGUGAGGCUCUACUACGGCGCGGAGCUGGUGAGGGAAGCCACCGCGCGCACGGCGGAGGGCUGCUGUCUGAGCCCGCGGCCCGCCGCCGCCGAGCGCCUUCUGGGCUGGCCGGCACGCGUCGCGCAAAUCCGCUUCCCGGAACCUCCGCCCGGCGCCCGCGUGCUGCAGCGCCUGCUGCCCCAUCUGGAGCGCGGCGUGCUGCUGUGGGUGGCGCCCGAGGGUGUCUUCGCCAAGCGCCUGUGCCAGGGCCGCGUGUACUGGCGUGGCCCGCUCGCCCCCCACCGCGCGCAGCCCAACAAACUGGAGCGCGAGCGCACCUGCCAGCUGCUGGACACCAGCCGCUUCCUCACAGACCUGGACGCCCACCUACAGGAUGGCUGCCCAGAGCCUGAGUACCAGAUCCGCCUGUGCUUUGGAGAGGAGUACCCGGGCCCGGAGGACCAGCCAAAGGAGCGGCUCGUCAUGGCCCAUGUGGAGCCUGUCUUUGCCCGGAAGCUCCUCCUGCACUGUAAGCGCCACCACCAUGAAGCCUCCUCCAGGUCCAGUUCCCAGCCCAGCAUCUCUGACUUCUCUGGUGAACAAGGCAGCAGAGUCAGCCUUAAGCAGCCAUUUCCUCCUCUCCAACCCUCUGUAAAGUGAGCUCACCACAAAGUCUGACCUCUACCCCCGCCCUGGCCUUACCUCAAACUGACGCAGGGGGUUUGGAAAUUUCCCCCACCCAUCACCCAGGUGGCUGGGAACAGCCAAAGCUGACCUCGCCUGCAACCUCUCAGCCACAGGGAUGGCUGACAUCCACAGCAGGUGGGGAAAUCAGACUUGACCUGGAAGUUACAGAAAAGCAAUCAGUGCAGAAAUAAGACUUCAUCCCUUGUUGAGAGCCCAGCAUGGCUGUAGCGAUUGACUUAAAGCCUGCCCUACCUGCCGCUGAGCCCAUUGUAAGUGUUGCUUGAAGCUGACUUUACCAACAAGUAGACCUGCAGCAUUGUGUAGAGUGGAGCCAACUAGUAAGGAUUGCCUGGCCUCUGAGGGGCUCUGAGUUCCUAAACCCUUCCUCCCACACUACCACAAGUCUCUCUCUCUGGGAGCAGCUGAGGGGCGGGAGAGCAAGGAGUUCCAAAACAGAGCCCUUGUCCUGAAAGCAAGGAUUUGGUUGCUAACCCCUGAACCAGCAGCUCCAGGGGACCUGCAGGUCCCCCAAACACAACCGGAGAUGGAAGCCAACGUGGGCACCAGGAGUCCAGCCCCUCCACAAGGCCCCUGAUUUUGCAAACUGCAAGCUGGUCAUCCUCGGGAACUGGGGGGGAGCACCCCAUCAUGAGGGCAGUCACCUCUGCCUGUCAGUGAAGUCACUGUUUUGUGUCCCACAUAGCAAACCUUU